AUGGCUCACUUGACGAUCAAGCCAGCCACUGCACCCGUCUCGGGCAGAGAGGGUCGGUUCUCCUGUUGGGGGUCGUGCGGCAAGAAUUGUGGACGUUCCUCCCCGGUUGCCAAAGAAAAUGACAGUGCCGCUGUCAAUGCCUGCACCGACCAGAUUGCGACCCACCAGCGAGUUUCAGCCCUGACCGACGACGAGCAGCGGCACCCCUUGUCUCCUACCACGACUGCAAAUGCACUCGGGUUUGCUUCGCCUCCAACGUUGCUGGAUUUACCCAUCGAGCUUUGGGACCGCAUUUUAGCACACCUACGGCCUUGUGACGCUGGGCAGCUAGCUUCAACUUGCCGCUUGGCCUGCGAGCGUGUACGCAACUCAGCUUGGCCCUGGCGUGCCAUUGACGUCUUCUUGCACGGGCCCGAGCAGCACUUUUAUGGCACACAGCGCUUGCUCGCGGCCUGGCCCCGUGUGCGUUUUAUUUUCAAAGCUCGACAAGUCUCAUUUGCGGAUCGUCUCGGGGACGAUCGAGGGCGCUUUGGUCUUGGUAUGCUGCGCGCCUGGCUUGAGCUGGCACAAGCGCCCAACGUCGUGGGACUGGAUCUUACGCUUACAUCUGUACCAGCGCGAGUUGAGGCUGAGCCAGCAUGGUCUGCCUUGCUGCAGCGCGUUGAGCUUGGUUUCAUGGCCAACAGUUUGGUUCGGGAGCACUUGCCGGCUUUGGCACACCUGGUGUUUGUGGACUUGAGCUAUAGUCAUCGCCUGACCACCCUUGCACCGUUGGCGCGGGUGGACCAGGUCGUCGCCGCGCACUGUCCUAAUCUACGUAGCGUCGAAGGCCUGGCCUGUAGCUAUCUCAAUGUUCGGCGCUGCUUUCGGCUUCAUCGGCUGGCCAACCUGCCUCAAUGCCGGCACCUCGACGCACGGACAUGCCUCGGCUUGUUCGACCUGGGCCCCAACAUUGGUAUGACACACCGGCUUGCCGCUUGA